AUGAUACUUAUUCAAGGUGAAUCUAAUGGAGGCAUUUGGCAUGGACACAUUCAAAGUGUUGACUUUAUUUACAAGACAGUGGAUGUUUACUUCUAUGUCUAUGGCAAGCCGAUUGUAAAUAUUGCAAUAUUCAAUAAUUUUAUAUAUAUUCAAUUCAAUAUUUAUAUUUAUGAAAUAUUUUUUUCAUUUGUUCAAUUUAAUAUUUGAAAAUAUGGAAUAUUCUUAAAUCCAUUUAAUUUAAUAUGUUUAUAUUUAUUUAAUCUAAUCGCUCUAUAUCCAUUUAAUUUAAUCCAUAUAUAUUCAUUCAAUUCAAUCCGGAAAAAUAUAUAUUUAAUCUCGAGGACUGGGUCGAGCCAUCGGAUCAGAAAGAAAAGGGGCUGGGAAAGAAUCAUUGCGAGAACAUAAUGACGGACGAGGAAGAUUUUGACGUUGGAAGAGACCUACCGGCGUUUUUAGCCUCAGUAUUAGACAAAGCGGAACAUAUUUGCCAAAAUGAUGUGGGUGAAGGAGCUGCCGAAGCGCAUGCUGAAGUUAUUGAUCAGAGUAUCAGAAUGCUUAGAUCGAUACGAGAUUGUCGUGGUAUUGGAGUAAGUGACAAAGAGGAGCUGGAUUCACUUGCAGCAGCAUUUGCGGAUGUGUUGUCAUCUUUAAAUCAUCACAUUGCAAUUAAAUCUGUCACCCUAGAAACUACUGAUGAAAACUGUUUUGCCCCAGGAAAGGAGGAAAAGGAAACUCCUGGAAGACCACGUUUUGACAUUCCUGCUGAGAUGUUGGAAGAAUUGCGUGAAUUGGGAUUCAGCUGGAUUAAGAUUAAAGAAAUGCUGGGUGUUUCAAGAUGGACGAUUCACAGGAGAGUAGAACAAUAUGGUUUUUAAAAUAUGACAGGAUUUCAUCAUCUGCCUGAUGAGGAACUAGACGAGAUCGUGAGAGGCUUCAUUUCCGACCAUGGACGAACUACUGGACAGGGCUAUGUUGAAGGUUACAUAAAAACACUUGGCUUAAGAAUUCAAAGAAAAAGGUUAAGAGAAAGCAUGGCAAGAGUAGAUCCACAGAAUACUUCACUUCGAUGGGGUGUUGUUGUUUCACGUAGGACUUAUCAAGUACCGUGGCCGAACUCCCUGUGGCACUUAUAUGGACAUCAUGCUUUGAUACGCUGGAACAUUGUUGUUCACGGAGGCAUAGAUGGCUUUUCAAGAAGAAUAAUAACGAGCGUAAGAUCCGACGAUGGCAGACACCUAGGACGGCAGACUCGGUCAAGGGGGCUUGGGGAAAGGUUGCCGUUCCAAUGGCGCAAAAAGUAGCCUUAAGAUAGCGCGCGCGACGGCGGCUGUAGUGGCUUUCCUCUUUGAAGUUUAGGAAAAGCGAUGGCUACCUUUAGAAAGGCUCGUGAAUUGUUGAUCGCAAGUCUCGAUGAUGGCGACAUUUCAGAAGAUGAAUUUUUACUGUUAUAUGAUGCCAACAUUUCAAAGAAUCUCGAUUAUCCUUGCCAGAAUUAUGAAGAUUUUGACCUGGAAGGACUCGGGGAAAGUGAGUGCUUGGCAGAAUUUCAUUUCCAAAAAGGGACAUACCAAUUCUCGCAGACGUAAAGGGGCUGCUUGAUUCGUAUUGAUGUGAACAAGGGACUGUAUGCGAUGGAAUUGAAGGCCUUUGUCUUUUGUUAAGAAGAUUAGCGUACCCUUAUAGGUACGGUGACCUAAUCCAUCGUUUUGGCCGCCCACUACCAGAAAUUUGUAUGAUCGCUAAUUAUGUAAUGGAAACUGUGUACAGCUUACAUCAUCACCAUCUGACAGCAUGGAACCACACCUUAAUGGGCCCCCCUCUACUUCAGAGAUAUGCUGAUGCCAUACAAAGGAAAGGAAGUCCCCUGCCAAAUUGCUUUGGCUUCAUAGAUGGUACAGUAAGACCCAUUUGCCGACCACAAGAAAACCAAGGAAUUGUGUACAACGGACACAAAAGAGUCCACGGAUUGAAAUACCAAUCUGUUGCAUUGCCCUGUGGUAUAAUAGCCAACAUGUAUAGGCCAGUAAGUAAUGGAAAUUAUUCCUUUCAAGUUUUAGCAGGAGCCCAAGUAAUGGGCUCCUGGUUUUAGUCACAUUAGAACCAUCUGUCACACGAUAAAUCCAAACAGAAUGAUAAAUAGGUGAAAGCAGUUUUUAGCGUGAAACAUAUCAAAUAGUAUAAAUAAAAUAUACAUUUUUUUUAAAUUACAGAACACAAUUUUCAAUCAAAAUGUGCAUUUUCUUCCAGAGGGCCACAACCAUGAUGCUGGAAUGUUAGCUGAUUCUGGCCUUCUGCAAGUCCUUGAACACCAUGCUUUUUUGCCGACUGGUAACCCCAUGGCCUUAUAUGGUGACCCUGCUUACCCAUUAAGAGUUCACCUUGUUGUGCCAUAUCGCACGGCAGGUAUCACUCCUCAGAUGGAAUAGUUUAACAAGUCCAUGAGCAGUGUCCACAUUUCAGUAGAGUGGCUUUUUGGGGAUAUUGUUAACUAUUUUAAAUUUGCUGAUUUUAAGAAAACUCAAAAGAUAUCAUUGAGUGCGUUGGGAAAGAUGUAUAUUGUAUGUGCAAUUUUAAGGAGUGCCAUGACUUGUUUGAAUGGCAAUUUCACAUCAAAUUUCUCUGACAUUGACCCACCAACCCUUCAGGAUUAUUUUUCCUAACAAUUAAAACUAUUUGUACCCUGGAAUGAAUUUCAAUGAUAAAUUCAUGUGAAAUACACAAUUAGUCAAUAAGAUGUAACAGUGUAUGUCUGCAACCUGCCAAUAAACUACUGUUUAAAGUUUUGGUAUUUAUUCUUUAGUAUUUGUAGUCAGGUCAACUGAUGUAUAACAACAACUAUAAUUAAUGUAAGAAGGGUUCAGAAUCCAUUUCAGAGGGUACAAGGUAUAAUAACACCAGGGUGAGAGCAAAGGAGAAUGGGGAGCUUCCCAAAAAAUGCACAGAGAAUGUUCCAAAAUUGCAACAGACCCUUCCCCCCCCCCGUCAAUCCUCUCUAAUCAUACAAAAACGUAGUCAAAAGGCCUUAAAAUUUGAACAAAACAACAGCAUUUAACGCAUUCAGUUACUCAAUGUUUUUCUAAAAGUCUCAAAAUGAUUUGUGACUGCUGUUGUUUCACGGCAACAAACAUCUGUUGAAACUGUUGCAUUUGAUUCUGUUGCUGCUGGACUUGCUGGGCCAUCAUUUGCAUCAUUUCUUGAUGUUGCUUUUGAGACUCAUUUUGCUUUCUUCUCUCUAUGUCCAGGCGCUGCAUGUGCAAUUCCAACUUUUCAGCUUUCCAUUUCUGAACCAUAUCAUUCUUCUCACGCAGAUACGCCACUGUGUCCCCACCACUCCUCCUUGUGACUUUUCGCUUAGGUUGUGCAUUCUCUACAUCCUCGACUUCAUCACCAUCCUUCCUUUUCUGUGUUGAACGCAUGCUCUCCAUUGCUCUAUUCCGCAUCUCGACAGCUUUGGCACUAUUCUCUUUUUUAUUGUCAACUUCCAGACUAUUUUCAGCAUCAGCCUCCUUUUCCAGUAUUUCCUCCAAAGCUUUCUCAACAUCAUUCAUGUCAGUCUCAAUGCCACUAGCCUUUUUCUCUUCUUGUAACUUUUUCUUUAAUUUUUCAAUGAGUAGUGUGUAAUGCUCUCUCACUGAGCGCUUGUUAACUUUAAGUCUUGGAAUUUUCAAGGAGUUGAGAUUACUGGCAAUUUUUUCCCAGAUCUGCCCUCUUGCGAUACUUCCCUUUUUAGCUUUAAAGGGUUCUCGAGCCAGAAUUUCUUGAAAGAGAGAGUGGUCAUGAUCAUCUGUUCACUCCAUGUUAGAUCUACAUUUUAAGAAAAUAUAAUAUAGAUAUUUAAUAAUCCUGGUGAGUCUGCUAACUAAGCUUCAAUUCCAACUACUUAGUUCAGUCCAGAACUCUCCAAAGUAAAUCAGAGCAGUCUUGUUUAUGUAUGUUGUGGUUAAAAUUUUUGUUUGCGAGUUUAAAAAUGCUCAAACCACGUUAAGUUUUUGUUUCCCUUUUUCUCAGGUUAUGGUAAUAGAUGCAAGAAAAAGGAUAAUAACAAUAAAAACAGAAUAAAGAAUGAAAACUGGUUUAAAACUUUUCAAAUUGACACUGGAAAAAUUUGAAUCACAACAUCGACAUGUAUGCAAAGCAGCAUAAUACAGGUAUAAACUUAUCAUUAUGAUAAAUGUUUAACCAAUUUCCGGCAGCAAAUUUUUCACGCUUAAUCUAGGACGUUUCUUUAUGGCUGAAAAAACAUUACUGAAACUGUUGAUUAUAAAAAUGUUCUCAGAUGAUCCUUGUUGUUGAACUCGAGAAAAGACAGAUUGAACAAUAUCAUGGCCAUCAAUUUAUGCACGAAGAAGGCUACGAAUUUUUAAUUGAAAUAAAGAAAUUAUUAAACUUACUGGGUUGCUUUCUUUGUUGACAUUGAGCCAGUACUAGUAACGAACUGUUUAUGAGAAAGGCAAACGAAUAAAGUUAAAAUUUCCUCGAACAAAUAGUUUAUUUUUGCUUGGCUAUCUCACAGACAUCCUCUCAACAAUAAACAGUCAAAAUUGCCAACAAUUUUCGCUCAAAGUAAGUUCAAACGGCGUUAUUUUGCUAAAGUUUACUCACGUUUUAGCCGCGACGGCAAAAUGGCCUCCUUCACGUUACAGACAAGGCCGCUACGGCGGGAAACCUCACAACAACGGCAGCCGGAAGUAAUUCUGGCGGUAACUUCACUUCCGCUUGCCGUCCCAGAUGUCUGCCGUUGUCGGAUCUUAAGCUCAUUAAUGUUUCUGAGAUGUAACUCAAACAGUCGUGCAGAAACUGUACUUAACCUGUUCUUAGAUGCCAUAAAUCGUGAUGGAAACCUUUGGCCAUCAAGAAUAAGAGUUGAUAAGGGUGUUGAAAAUGUCCUAGUGUGCGAUGCCAUGGUUCAAGCUAGGGGGGAGGGAAGGGGGAGUUUUAUUGCUGGUCCUUCUACACACAACCAACGCAUUGAAAGACUGUGAAAAGAUGUUUUUCGAUGUGUAUGCCACCUUUAUUACUAUCUAUUCUAUGCUAUGGAGUCCACUGGUAUCCUCAACACAGAUAAUCAAAUUCAUUUGUUUGCUCUUCACUUAAUCUUCAUUCCAAGAAUCAACAAAGCCCUUGAUGAGUUUUUUAAAGCCUUUAAUCACCACAAGGUUCGUACAGAAGGAAACUGGUCACCAUACCAAAUGUGGACAAAUGGCAUGUUCCAUGCUGACAAUCCACUAUCACAUGGGUUACUAGACGAAGAGCCAUCUGAGAUGGAAAUAUAUGGAAAAUGACCCCCAGGGACCAUCUCCCACUGAAAGAGAUAAUCAUGUUGUCAUUGACCCUGUGGAUCUUAGCCAUGGAGAUUUACUGAAGUCAUUUGUUUUCGAACAUCUGGAUCCACUGAGACCCUCAACUGAAAUGGGUGCAGAUAUCUAUACAGAAGCUUUAGAACUAGUAUUUCAGAGACUUGAACAACUUGUUGAUUCUGGAAUAUAUGUGCCACAAUAUUAUUAAUGGAGUAUUGCUUUAUUAACUUCAACUUUAUCAACUUCGACUUUAAUAAUAUUUUAAGAACUCAACUCUUAAUCCUUUCACUCCCAAGAUUUCAUUAAUAAUUCUCCUCACUGUCUGUCAUACAAUUCUUAUAAAGUUAGUUUGGAGAAUUUGGUAUUGGAUCAACCAAUUACCCCCAAUUGAUAUUUUUCUUUAUUCUCACCACUUUUCUGCUCAAUAUUGUAUCAUUAUCUUCUACCUUGGUCACUGAUGAGAGUGAAAGGUUUAAUAGAUAAUAGGUAACCCUUACUGGGAAAUGGAACUUUUAAACCAGUAACUGCAGAAAAAAAUUGUACAAAUAGCUUUUUGAAUAAUGUAGCAUUUGCUUGUUAGGCAGCUAACAAUAGUCUUGAACUGUGCACUAUGAGUACUGUUAUGAUCCUUAAUCAUCAAAUUUAAACAUUCUCUAACUUCAUGCCAGUUUAAAAAACUAGUAUUCCCCUUUCUUAUACCUUCAUCUUAAGGUGGCUAGUAGCAGUUUCCAGCUCCUAUAGUAUGGUGCACUAAACAUUUCUCAGUUACUGUUACAAUACUGGCAUCAAACAAAAUCCUAAUCAGUACGGAACCAAAAUGUGGUUGUUUCCUUAACACUACUAGUUACCAUAACGAUUAUAACAGCAUAACCUGUUAAAACACCCCUUAACUCAAAAAAGAAGUUCAGUGAUCUCUAUUUGUUAGUAUCGAGUUAUUAUUUACAUGUUAUGGUAAGGGAGUUUUAAACAGGUUAUGGUAACCAGUAACAACAACAAGUUAUUCAUCAAUAAAAAUCAGUUACAAAACUCAGAGUGUUGACUCCACAACCUACAUAACACCGAAAUAGCUAUUCUUGAAAGUUAGGUCAUACAGUUCGAACAGUUCAUUAUCUGAUGGGAGGGGUAAAACUGCAUUUCCUCUAGGCAAAUCCAAUGUGUUUGAACAGGUAUGACAAGUUGGAAUGAAAUGCCAAAUGGGUUUUUUCUUUUGAGGUGGUUUUUCUGAUUCCCCAGUUCCCUAGUGAAAAAAGAAAAUCGUUUGUAAUAACUGUAACCAUGCACAAGUAUGUAGUACAAAGAUAUCAAUCGGAAAGUAACAAUCAUGAUUAUUAGUAACUCAUACACAGAUGUUCUGUAUGUAUAAUAAGAUAAAAUACACUGUAUAAAAGUUUCCUUCAACAGGAAGGAAAUGACUGCUAAUAUUGGCUUUUACAAGUCAGUGAAACUUAAAUUAUGUUAAAUGCUUUCAUCACCACACCCGGUUUUGCACAUUUUACCUGCCAUAUUUGCAAUCCUAUAUAAAAAACUUUUCAAAAACUACCCAAACCUGUACCUAAUGCUUAUAUAUUACCUCAUCUGUAGUCAUGGGCUCUUUAACUUCAGCUACUGGAAAGUGAAUUUGUGGUGUCUUUGCAAAACCAAGGGGUGGUUCUUCACUUGUUCCAGUGACAAAUUCAAGGAUGUUUCCAAGGGUGACAACUCUGCGGCCACUUGACACAUCUCUAACAUAUUUAACAAAUUUGCUAUAAAUAGCUGUAUGUAUAAUCUUUAUUUAAGCACGAAACAAUUCAUCAGCAAUUACAUUAACUAAAACUAUUUAAAAAUUAAAACACUAACUAAUAACUAAAAGCUGUUUUCCGUGAAUGCCGUGCGUUAUAGAGUGGCAUUGAUCUUGCGUUUAAAUAACCCCAGAGUCUCUGUGUUCCUUAUAUCACAUGGAAGACUAUUCCAUAAUGUGGCUCCACUAUAGCUAAAGCUUUUUCGAUAAUAGUUAGUGCGAGGUAGAGGAACAUUGAGUUUAUUUUCAGAGUCCCUGAGGUCAUAAGCAGAGUUACGCCAUCUAAACUUAGAAUUAAGAUAUUCAGGAGCUAGCCCGUGCAGACAUUUGAAAACCAUGGUAACUCUAUGAAUUUCCUGCUGGCUUGUCAGAUUUUUCCAACUUAAAAAUUCAAGUAGCUUAGUUGCAUCGGCAUCAUAGCUGGAAAAUGUCAAAACACGGGCUGCUCUAAUCUGUAAUUUCUGCAGCUUAUCUCGUAGCGUUAUCCCACAGCUACCCCAGACAAUGUCACAGUAAUCAAAGUGAGGUUUUACUAAAGCUUGGUAAAGCAGAUGUAAGGUCGAUGCUGGGAUCAGAUGCCUGACUCGCUUUAGGCACCCGAUACCAGAGGCAAUCUUUUUUGUUAAUUUUUCGAUGUGACUAUGCCAAUCGAGCCUAUCGUCUAUAAUCACACCAAGCGAUUUUGUAGAAGUAACCUGGCUCACCUGAGUGCUGUUCAUUCUAAUUGUUGGUGAAGCUGUGAGAGUACCCAGUCUCUGCCUUGACCCUAUUAGCAUGAAUUCAGUUUUUGUCAUAUUCAGUGUGAGUUUAUUCGCUUGUAGCCAGUUGAAAACGUUUGUUAAGUCCUCAUUCAGACAAAGCUGUAUACUCUCAAGAUCACCGCCCGCAUAUGUAAGGUGUGUGUCGUCAGCAUACAUCCUCGGCUCACAAUUUGAUAAACAAUUUGGAAGAUCGUUGAUAUACAAUAAAAACAAUAGUGGACCGAGGAUGGUCCCCUGUGGGACGCCGCAAGUUAAUGAGCAGCUGCUGGACAGCGACCCGUUCACAGAACAUUUCUGUGUGCGGUUUUCCAAGUAUGACUGAAACCAUUUGAAAGAUUUGCCAUGUAUACCAUAAUAGGUUAAUUUCGAUAGGAGGAUCUGAUGAUCAACAGUGUCAAAAGCUUUUUUCAAAUCUAGAAAAAUGACUCCAUUGAUUUUCCCGUUGUCAAUAUUAUAUGCCCAAGAAUCUGUCGCUUCCAACAAUGCUGUUACAGUUGAAUGAGUAGCACGAAACCCUGAUUGAUUUUGAUAUAGAAUAUCAUGUUCUUCCAGAUAGGCAUACAAUUGAUCGUAAACUAUCCUUUCAAACACUUUCGCCACUAUUGGAAUCACCGAUAUUGGGCGGUAAUUGUUGACAUCAUCGCGGUUAUCCUGUUUAAAGAGAGGUGUAACCCUUGCAUAUUUCCGAUCAUCUGGGAACUUCCCUUGGCUAAUAGAUUGAUUGAAAAUAUCACAUAUCGGCACACAAAUAAGGUCAGCGCAUUCCCUGACAAACCUAGCAGAUAUUGUGUCAAGGCCCGUUGAUUUUGACUUGUCUAGUUUAUUUAAAAGUGAAAAUACUUUAUUUGGAUUAGUAGGUUGGAGCUCAAACCGUUUAUCUGUACCGGCAAGAUAUCGUUGAUAGCUACUACUAUCACAAUCUAUCUCACUGGUAAGUUUUGGACCAAUAUUAGCAAAAUGGUUGUUGAAUUCGUUUGAUAGCUCCAGUGGAUUAGUUAUCGUUAAUCCAUUCACUUUUAGUGAUGUCACUGACAUUUUCCCAGAUUUACGUGAAGUUAGCUCGUUUAUAGUCUGCCAGGUCUUUCGGGAGUCGCUAGUGUGCUUGUUAAAAAUAUUUUGGUAAUAAACUUGCUUUGCUAAGCGUACUUGCUUAUUGACUAAAUUUCUUUGUUUCUUAAACACUGCCCAAUCGUUGGGAUCAUUUGUUUUGAUUGCUUUGAUUUUUAAUAUAUCUCUAUUAUGCAUCAAGUCUUUCAACUCAGCGGUAAUCCACGGAGAACUUCGUGAACGAACGCGCAUCGUUUUCAGUGGGGCGUGUUUGUCAGCGAUAGCUAGAAAUGUACAUUUUCAUUGCUGCCACAUCUCGUUUGGGUCGGAAGACUCAUAUACAUUAUUCCAACAUUGAAACUGAAUAUCAUCUCGAAAAUUUUGGCAAUCGAAUUUUCGGAAAUUUCUGUAUGUUAUUGAAUUAUGUCCAUUCGACAUCCCGUUCAGAGCAAGUUUUCUAUAAACAUACACCAUGCUAUGAUCACUUAUCCCAACAUGACAAACUCCCGAACAGGCGAUCUUAUCCGAGCAGUUGGUGUAAAUUAAAUCAAUUAAAGUUGACGAGGUGGGUGUUAUCCUCGUCGGUUCAGCGAUGAGUUGCUCGAGUCCGUAGACAUCAGCAAUAUUCUUUAAUUUGGAUGUAUCAUUGUCAUAUCGUGCAGUGACCAUGUCACAGUUCAUGUCUCCCAGUACAAAAAAUUCUACAUUUUCACUAUCCAAUUUCCCAAUAAGGGAUUUAAAAGGUGAAAAAAUGCCAAUAGGAGAGUCAGGUGGUCUAUACCACGUAACAAUCACAAAAGGUCUUGUUUUUGGCUUAUGGAUUUCCAAGCAAAGAUUCUCUAAUGCAUCCAUAUGUAGAUCAGAUCGUACUGUAAAGUUGAUUGAAUUUUUAACGUAGAAGCAUACCCCCCCGCCGCCUUUCGUAAGUCUAUCGCGGCGAAUUAUUUCGUAUCCUGGAAUAUGAACUUCGUGAUCUUGAAUGCUCUCGUUCAGUUUUGUUUCGUUUAUAGAAAUAAUAUCGAUAUCGUUGUUGCUAAUAGGAUUCUUAGUUCGUCUAUAUGUGUAGUUAAUUGAUUUAUAUUGAGUGAGGCCAUUCUAAAGCUACACAAAGGUGGCAAUAUUGAGGCAGAUUUUACGCCCCUUUGGCUGCUUGAUCGAUUUCGCACGGCAUUGACGGACAGCACAUUAUCUCAUUCUAGGUGCGAUUUAAAAUUAUUAUAAAACUGCACAUUACCUUUAGAGUUUAAGUACAGUCCACCUUUGUUGAGUCCAUUAUAAGAUAAGUUCUCAUGAUGAAUUAAUUUCCAUCCGUUUUGAUGGCAGAACUUCUCUAGAUGCUUGUUGGCUGUUUUUACGGCCUGGUCAAGCUUAUCUUUUCUGCAUACAAGCUCCGACAGCGUGACUGUAGUAUCGCAAGUGCUCUCGAUCUGUCUCGCGAGGUCGACUAUCGAUUCGGCAACAGCCUUUGGUUCCCUGGUUUUAAGAUCAUUAGUCCCAAUGUGUAAAAUCACUUCGUUGGGCAAAAUUCCAGACUUGGCUUGAGAUAGUGAUUCAUGGCCUUUGUCGUAGCACCCGAGAAAGGCUUGACUAUAACCCUAUGGCCCACUGCUUUUCCCAGGUCUCUUCCAGGUAUUCUUGAGAUCAUCGAAUCGCCUAUGAGCAGGGUUGUGCGCUCUUUCGGUUGUUUUGGAUCUGUUUUGGUCGGUUCGGAUUCUUUCCCUUCUGGGGUGUUAUUAAGACCUCCUUUGUUUUUCGAUUUCUUUCUUUUCUUCUUUGAUUUCACAAUGGAGUCUUGAGGUUUGUUGGCACAAGGUGUUGGCUCGUCCAAGUUUGGGUCAAUAGUGCGUUCAUUAGGGGUGUUAUUGUGCAGCUGCUUCUCUAGAUACGAUUUGCAAUGCAAAAUUUAAAGAAUCGCGUUCUUGGACUAACUUUUUAUUUUCUUCCUUCAAAGAAAGAAUUGUUUCCCGAAGUCGAGAAUUUUCGGAUCUCAGAUCUUCCUCUUGAGGUUUCUCAACAACAACAACAACAACAAGUCUUUAUUCCAUCAUAAGAUAAAACUACAUAUCUUAUGUUACAAUGAAUUGAAAAAAACUACAGAAAUCUACAUACAUAUUAUGAAUUAAAAAGUAUAUCAUUACAAUAAAUGGAGCUUAAAUAUCAACCUAUUUACAAAUGUGUUCAUAAAGCGCUGUGUAUUAAUUUUCGGGCGCGCGCAGCCUUUUUUCCUGAGAUUGUGUAGAUAUGUCUUUUGGACAGGAAUGAUAUCUUUCAGGGGGUGGCAAUCCGUUGAUUUUAGUUUCUUCAAAAUGUUUCUGUCUUGUUUGUUUAAAAGGUUCUUGAUAAAAACUGGAAAUGAGAUAAAACCGCGUUUAUGACAUCGGUCUAAAAAUUUUUGUACAACCGUAAGAUCGGACUCAGAUGCCCCAUAGACUGAAAGUGCAUAGCUAAAAUUAGCCAAAACAAUCGAUAUAAAAAGAUGAUCAAUCUCUGCCUGAGAGUAAUGUUCCUUUCUCAAUGUUCGUAGGACGUGUAAACACUUGUUUGCUUUGACAAGCUUAGUUCUUACAUGCUCAUCAAAUUUUCCAUCACUCUGUAAAGUUACUCCUAAUAAAACGAAGCUAUUACAUUGGGGAAUAUUAUUAAUUGGAGAGUAGAGUACAUUAUGAUUUUUCUUUCUAACAACCAGCUCUUUACAUUUGCAAGGGUUGCAGACCAUUCUAUUGUCUUUACACCAUGUUAAGAACUGUCCUACUAAGUCGGCAGACGGGUCACUAUUCCUAGUGAUAGGCGAAAGAAUAGUGGAAUCAUCGGCAUAUUUAAAAAGCACAGGGCAACCAUUAAAAAAAAAUCCAAAUCGUUCAAAAAUAUAUUAAAAAGAUACGGUCCGCUUACACUACCUUGUGUGGUUCCUCUAUUGACAAGUUUCCACUGUCCUAAAAAUUAUAACUAACAACACGCUGUUGUCUUGCAUAGAGGAAACUGUGAUACCAAUUGAUAAUGUACGGAUUUAGAGGUAGCUGUUUCAGUUUGGCAGACAAAAUAGCAUGGUUCACAAAAUCGAAAGCCUUACUGAAGUCCAUGGUAAAAAUUCGCACUGCGCUAUAGUCACUACUAUCUAAAUACUUGUAUGUCUGGUGCUGGAUAGCGACAUUUGAACCCCCGCCUGUCUAUAUGCAAAUUGGGUGUGGCUCAGGUUGCUCUCAAUGAAUGAACAUGUUGGAUCCUUCCACUCCGAGUCCUCUAUAGGCAUGUUCAUUUGGGAGAGGGUUAACAGUUGGGAGUCUUUGAGUAGACAGCGACAGAUUCCAAACGUGAGUGACGAUUGGUGUGAACGGGAGGUCGUCUGGUCCCGUUGCGGUUUUCUUUACAUGAACUAAGGUAUUCCAAGAUAUUUUCGUUUACACUGUCCGGGAUAUCCAUGGUCUAACGUAAAUCAUAGCACAGGUUGGCGAAGUAGUCGUUCAGACGAACUAGAGAGUUCUUGUCCAAAUUUAUCAACGAUGACCUGCGACGCUGCGAUAGGGCGUCCACGCCCUUCCACCACUCACCGCUACCAAUGGCAGCCAGUUUUCUUCUGUUCUCGGUUAUCAGCUCAGAAAUGCGCUUAUUAAAUAAAGACAGGCGUUCCUUAUUCUUUAAAGAUAUAUGGGACUUAGUCCUCAGCAUACACUUGACUAAUGGGGACAUCCAAACUGGGUCACGCGAUGACAUGCGUACAGAUUUUUCUCUUUUACAUGAGCCCGUUCACCUCAUGAAUGAACAUGUUGGAUCCUUCCUCUGAGAAUUCUGGUUUCAACAAGAACAAAAGAUGUCGAACUGAUAAACUGAUUGCUAGAUUGAUGAAUGCUAGAUUGCCUCAGAAGAUAAAGAAGCAUAGGAAAUUUCCUUCCAAACAUGGGAAUUCCUAAAGUAUCCAUUCCACCUAUGAGCUCCCUGACACAAGAAGGCAGUUCCAGAUCUUCAACAAAAAUUGCCUGCAGUAUUUCUUCAGGUAUGUACACAGGCAACUGGUCAUUUUGAAGCAGGGCAAUACAGACCAUUUGACCAAUGUAAUAGUAAUCUUCAGACAUGUGCUCUUUGAAGCCAUUAUCAAAGUAAAUGUCUUUAAUCUUGUGAUUGCAAAGUCGGAUCCAUUCCUUGCGAGGCCCACCACUAUCAACAGCUUGCUCACCAUAAAACUGAACUUCAAAGGUGACCCUUGGAUCAGCUACAUGCUUUAGCUCCUCAAAUGUAGUUUCCAGAAUAUUAUGUCUAUCUACAGUUAUAAAAUUGGUCUCUCCUUCUAGGAUUCGUGAUGAAUUGGUUACCUCUAACGGUCUUCCAGAAACAAUUUUCUUCUGCAGAUAUCUAAGCAUCUCAGUUGGUUCCAUUAUGUCUUCUGGGAGCUCAUUAACAACUCGGCUAAAGAAGUCAUAUGGACUUUCUGUUUUCUGCUCCUCCUCUUGUUGUACAUGGCUGUUAUAGAGAGCAGAGAUGCCAGGGACGGCUGCUAAGCUGUGAGAGACAAUACCAGAAUUACCAUUAGAGGUGCUGAGGAAAAUUCCAGAAGUUCCAUUGGAGGUGGUGGGGAUGAUGCCAGAAGUUCCAUUAGAGACAUUGGGAACAAUGCCAGAACUGCUAUUAGAGUUGCCAGGGACAAUACCAGAAUUGCCAUCAGAGGUGUCAAGGACAAUACCAGAAGUUCCAUUGGAGGUGCCAGGGACAAUGCCAGAAGUUCCAUUGGAGGUGCUAGGGACUAUGCCAGAAGUUCCAUUAGAGUUGCUGGGAUGGUGCUAGUCUCCUGGGCUCCAACUUGCAGCAGCUCAGAGUCAGAAUUGGAUGCAUGGUUUUCGUUUACCACGAAUUCAAAGCCCACUUUAAUCCUGAUAUACAACAGACCCUGGCCAACCAAUUUCUUCACUACAUCGUAAUUAUACUCGGUUUGUUUGCUUAGAUGCAAGACACUGAUUCUUUUUUGAGUUACUUUCACGAAUUCAAAAUCGUUGGGUCCAAUAACACAGUAUUGCAUCUUUCAGGUUGAUGCAAUCUUUUCUCUGACCUGCGCCUCGCAGCCUUGUUCACUGAGUGUAAACAUACCCAUUUCUACGACCAUUUCUUUCUUUAAAAAAUCAUCUUCUGUAUCAUCUUCCUUGGAAUUUAGAAGAGCAAACUCAAAAGGUUUUUCUUUGAUCCUCUGCACAGCUCGCUUCGGUUUGCCUUUUGUUCCUCCUCGAGGAAUCUGAGAGCGUAGUCUUUUGUUAGAGCCAAGUCUUCUAAAAGUUCCUCCAUGCUGACUCCGGUCAAUCAUGUUUCUUGCUCAAUUAACGCUUUCCACGACGCUGUGGAGCAUUGAUUGACUUUCCGUCGAACCUUCUGACAAUACUGAUGUAGAUGGGGAAUCCACUGUUAGCAACAUAUCCAAGGCUCGCCUUAAAAGGCCUGCUGCUUCGGCAAUUUUGUCAUUCAUUGCCUUUUUGCACUGCAAGUAUUCCUUGCUAUCAUUCCCAAGCCCAUAUCUUUCUGAUCCGAUAGCUUGACCCAGUCCCCGAGAUGAAAUAAAUAUUUUUCCAGAUUGAAUUGAACGAAUAUAUACGGAUUAAUUAAAUGGAUAUGGAGCGAUUAAAUUAAAUGAAUAUAAACAUAUUAAAUAAAAUGGAUUUAAAAAAUAUUCCAUAUAUACAUAAAUAUUAAAUUAAACAAAUAAAAAAUAAUUUACACAGAUAUAAAUAUUAAACUAAAUAUAUAUAAAAUUAUUGAAUAUUGCUACAAUCGGCUUCCCAUGUAUGUCCCAAGAGAUUUCCUAAUGGUAAUGUCUAUGUAAGAGAAAUUUGUGGCAGAGGUGCAAGAAAUACUGUGGCUCGGAGAUCAAUGAUUUCAAUUGCUGAAGGCCAUUGGGACAGUGCCUCAACCUGGGUAAAGGCUUAG